UCCUGUUCAUCUCUUUAAAUAAAGGUUGCUUGAGGUGCUUGUGUAACAUGUUGAUGCAUUAAUGCAACUGUUGGACUUUACAGUUUCAGCCAUUUGCGAAAUAUGAAGAUGCUGUGCUUUUUGCUUUUUGUCCAUGUGCUGUUUUUGACAGGUGUUGAAAGUAGCAAUCCAAACUGGUCUUUGCUAUCUGGAAGACUUAAACAACUUGAUUUAAGUCCGUACAACAUUCUUUGGGGUGUGAAUAGUGGUCAUGCAAUUUGGGUACGUAAAGGCAGUGGAUGGACCAGAGUCGGUGGUGCAUUAAAACAUGUUAGUGUUGGAAACGGUGGAGUUUGGGGAGUGAAUAAACAUGAUAAUAUUUACUUUCGUGAAGGAGUGACAUUCAGCUCGCCAGUUGGCACAAGCUGGACUCAAAUAUCUGGCAGCUUGAAGAGGAUUCUUAAGAGGACCACUGGGGAAGACGGUGUAAAGCAGAGUUCCCCUUGCCGGAUAUUGAAUUAUAAUUACAUUAUGAAGGACGAUCGACAAUGACUACUUGAUAUUGUCCAAGUACUUAAUUUGAAACACGUUAUGUUUGUCACUAGGGAUUUCAAUGACGCGCUUUCAUGACAAAUGUAAACAGUAAACACACCAUCGAAAAUUUCA